CCGGCUCAAACCAGCUGCUACCGGAUUUUUCCGAUUUUUUCCGGAUCUCUUCGCUCGCUGCAUAUCGCGCGCGCUGCCUGUCGCACUCAGUGAAACUCUUACUUUAUAACUAAAAACUAAAUGAUUACUCCAAGAACUUAGUGUCAGUGUAUAUUGUAAAUAGUUUGAAGUUGUUUUAAUGAUCGUAACUUGAUGUUCGAUAAAGAUAUGGAUAGUUUUAAGACUUUGUAAAUAGUAAUGUGUGUUCUAGUGUUUCUAUUGUUCUGUGGAUUUAUAGAUAUUGGGUUUCAAGAUGCAAAGUGAUUACCUUGGAAAUAUAAUUCGUUAGUUCGUGACGUGUUCCGUAUAUUUUGCGACUGGUCGGGUACAAUGGAGUGCUGUAGAUGUCCGCGUCUCCUAUCCCUAUGGACGGUUCUGUUCGCCAGUGUCAAUAUUGCAGGUCUCCGGCCGAGUGUCAAAGCGGAGUCUCUAGACGCCGUGCCGGUGUCAGCGGUGUCGGGCGGCGAGGCCAUCUUGCCUUGUGACACUCACUCGCAGCAGCCUCUCGACACAUUGCUACUUGUCGUCUGGUACAAGAAUGAUGUACCUAUAUACAGCUACGAUGGUCGGGUCAACGCCGCAUCCGCACACUGGGCUGAUGAGGCUCUCGCUGGCAGAGCGAAAUGGAAUGAGAAGGCGCCAUCUGCACUGCGUAUUUUCGACGUGUUGGCAUCAGACCGAGCAAUGUAUAGGUGCCGCGUCGAUUUUAAAGUAUCGCCAACGAGGAACCACAAGAUCAUGCUCGAUGUUAUAGAAUUACCAGAGAAACCGAAAAUAUUCGACGAACUAGACAAAGAAGUCAUAGGAGUAGCCGGACCUUAUAUAGAAAAUACUAGUCUCAAACUCACCUGUGUUGUAAGUGGAGGUAAACCCAUGCCACGUGUACGGUGGUGGCGGAACGACAAAGUCAUAGCCACCUUAGAGCCGGUAGAAGAUGGGUCCAGACUAAGUCUUCUAGAGUUGAGGAUAGCCAAAUUGACCAGGGAUUACUAUGAAGCUGUUUACACGUGUUCUGCUGACAAUACGGUCAUGGUGCAGCCUAUGAGGGUCAACGUGCAAAUACAAUUGUACUUGCGACCACUACUAGUAGAAAUUCUGGCAAGGGAACAGCCUAUAUCGGUUGGACAAGAAGCAGAGCUGGCCUGUAGGGCAGUGGGUGCGAGACCUCCUGCGUCGAUCACUUGGUUGUUAGAUGAUAAGCCUAUGGAUGCUAAUGUUCUACAGAAGAACUCCGAAGACAAGAACGAGACAAUAUCAUUUCUCAGGUGGACCCCUCGAAUGGAGAACGAUGGAAGGGUAAUCAAAUGUAGGGCCUCUCAUAUCAAGUUGGAGCACACAGUUUUGGAGACCACUAUGAAGUUAAAUUUGCAUUACGUUCCCAUAGUGUCCCUGCAAUUGGGGUCCAAACUGAACCCAAACGACAUCGAGGAAGGGGACGAUGUGUACUUCGAGUGUGUGGUCCGCGCUAAUCCGCCAGCUUACAAAGUUGUCUGGGAACACAACGGCGAGUUAAUGAUACACAACCAAAGAGCCGGGGUGAUUGCCGGGUCAGCUCAUCUGGCUCUGCAAGGAGUGGCGAGAGACCAGGCCGGAAAGUACGCUUGUAUAGCUUCCAACGUGGAAGGCGAUGGGAAAUCUCCUCCAGUCUCGCUGCAAGUUAUUUACAAACCGGUGUGCACAAACACAAUGACAGCAAUAGUCGGGGCGGCUUUCAACGAGGCUGCCAAAGUGACGUGCGAGGUUAAUGCCUUCCCCCCACCGAAGAACUUUCAAUGGACGCUCAACAAUUCAUUGGGGACUAUCGAGUUGGACCCGGGAAAAUACACGAUCGACAGUGCCGGUCGCUCUAUCCUGACUUACACUCCUGCAUCAGAAGCAGACUACGGCUCGCUCUCCUGUAGGGCUACGAAUUUAGCGGGCCAGCAGAUAGAACCUUGUCGGUACACAUUGCUGCCUGCCGUGAGGCCGGACCCGCCGUUCAACUGCACAUCUCUUAAUCUGACUGAUGAUUCGGUGGAACUUAGAUGUGUGGCUGGUUACGACGGCGGUCUCCACACAAUAUACUUCGUGGAAGCAUACGAAUCUGGCAGUCUAAUAGCUAACACGUCAACUCCCACGCCAGUGUGGAAACUACGGGGGCUUGGCUCCGGGAAGACGUUAAAACUAAUCUUCUAUGCACAUAAUGCAAGGGGCAGAUCAGAAAUAACCACUUUGAGGGUGAAUACCUUGUCAAGGCUUGCGUUGCAUACAGAAGCAAAGACAAUAAACUCGAGCACUAUGGACACGAGUUGGGCUUUGGGGAUUAUCGCUGGUACCGGCGGAACACUGGCUGUGGUGACUGUCAUAGCACUGCUGGCAAGGAGGCGCCAUCACCAGCCGAUGCAGUAUGAGGCUCCGUUGCAGACUGUGAAAGCAUACAAAGGCUCAAUUCAUAGCACAAACCACUCGCCCAUACAGCCGGAUGACAAGAAUCCGGACGUCGUACCUCUUGGCAAAGACUACAACUGCGCACGAGACCUAGAGCGACCUCCCGAGCCUCCCCCCUACGGCUCAGUGGUUUCCCCACCAGUGGGCUCUUCUAGAAGUACCCACAGCUUGCAACAUGACGUGAGGUCGAACACACCUCACACGCCAAACACUCCCGCUUCUGAUGCUCAGAGCAUCGGAACGCUCGCAGACGACCGCCGGAGCGUGACGAGCGGCACUCUAUCUCGACGGAGAGAGGUUGUGACGACGCGGACGCCGCUGUUAGCUAACGCUAGAGAAAGCUGUGUCUAGACUGACUGUAGAUAUGCUAGAUAAUCGUUUGGGUAUGUAUAUGAUAUUUCGUAUAGCGUGAAAUGGCGGUCAGGCGCGACACUAUGUCUAAGCACACAAAUACUUGUAUGAUACGGUAUGAUGCAAUACAAUUUUAAGUUGUAUGCUGCAUGUGAAGCAAUAUUUGAUAAAUUAACAUAGGUUAUGUUAUUUGGAGAAUUUUUCGUAACACGAAAAAACGUCGGUACAUAAUAAUUACUUUGUCAUUUUUGAUUUUAUUCGCUUAAAUAUCAGUUUCUUUUUCUAUUCAAUAUUAAAAUCUGUACAGGAUAAUAUUUAAACAAAUUUAUUUUUCCAAUACCAGUAUUUUCUGUAUAUAUUUUGAUAUUUCUAAUUUUUAAUAAAACAACAUCGAAUUAAAUAAAUUGAAGACUGUUGACACAGCAUUUCCUAUGAAAUAAAGUUGGAUUCGAAAGAUGUACAUAAAUAUAUACAUACAUACAUAUAAUAUAAGUAUAGAGACACUUCCACAAAAUUGUAAACAUAUUUCUAGACUUUCAGAUCAAUCAGUGGCACUGUUAUUAUUCUGUAUAUAGAUACCUAAUCAUAAAUGUGUUCAAUUAUACAUUAUAUAUAUAUUUCAUGAAUAAGUUUGAUUUUAAUCCACAAACAUGACCAUUGUUAUAUAUAAAUAUUAGUUGCACGAUCAGUCUGCCAUGUGAAUGGACCUAGAUAUUAAAAGAAAACAUUUUAAAAUACAUUUGAUGAACUGAUUUGUAAAUUUGCUCUCAAAUAAUAUUAACAAAAAUAAGUUACUUUUUACAUAAGUAUUAUGUAAUACAUUAAAAAAUUGCAAAAUACUAAAAUGUAUUAUUUUAAUAAUACAAUAAUAAUAAAAAAUAUUGCGCUUUAUUAAAAUGGCAAUAUUGUUUUAAUUUGUCAGCUGUAUGAAAUACCUACUCUAAAAAGGAACAUAGGACAAUAAAAAAUGAAAAUCCUUACAUAUUUCUAUGCAAUUAGUAAAAUUUUAUGUAUUUUUAUCAUUUAUUAGAAAUUAUAUUUAUUGAAAAAUAUAUACAUUUUUGUUUAAUCCUCUACGUAGUGAAAUCACAAAUUUCUCAACUCUUAUUGUAAAAAUUAAAAUGUCAUUAAUAUAAAUUAUUAUUACGAGGAUCAAAAUGAUCCAAAUUUAUCUAUGUAAAAGGGUUGAUUCGUCAUCAUAUAAAAGUAUGACAUGAAAUCAAUUUUAAAGAUUUAUUUUAUUUUAUUCUAUUCGGGAGACACACAGUCAUAAAUAACAUUUAAUUAUAUAACUAUUUGGGUUCUAAAAAGUAUUUAUAUAUUCUCGCAUUCCUUAAAUUUAAAGGAACGUCCACUCGGCCAUACAAAAAAGAGAAAACGUUUUUCUACCACCGAUGUGAUACCAUAAAAGACCUGGUUUAAUAAUUCAAAUGUAUGAAAUCAACCCUUUCUUAUUAACUCAAAAUAAAUUUAAUUUAUUAAAAUAAUGAAUCACUGUGAUGCUAUAAAAAUAUCGUUAGUAAUGUUAUAUAACUUUUAACUGUUUAUAUAUUUGUAAAUAAUUCUGAUUAGCAACUAAGGACUCAAGUGGAUAUGAAAUAUGGCACUAAGAGAAAAACUAUAUUAUUCUGAAAGAUUUUUUUUAAUAAUGUAAAUUGUAAAAUAAUAUAAAAAACAAUAAGAAUAGACUUGUUCUCGGCUGUUUCUUAAAAUUUUAAUUUAAUUGUUUUUAAUUUAACAUUAUUAAAUUCAUUUAUAAAUUCAAUUAAAAAAUUAUAAAAAUUUAAACAGAUUUUUGGAGACAGAGACAACAAAUCAAACUUUUUUUUUAAAUUACAAGUCUAAAUUUGCCUACUAUUUUGCGAUUAUUUUUUAAAUUUAAAUUUCUUACAAAUAAUUUGAUAAAUUCUUAUGUAAAUAUUACCUAAAUUGUAAAUAAUAUCAAUCUGUACUGUUUGUAAUA